UCUAUUACUUGGGUUAAUUAAAAUAGACUUAGAUCUGUAUACCCAAUUUACUUCCCCUAACACUUGUACAGAGGAAAACAAGAGUGCUCUGAAUUCUUUCAGUUCAUACAGAAACUCUCAAAUGUCCUUAAUGAAAAAUACAUUUAGGGACAAUUUAUUCGAUAAAGUUACUCAUUCUCAAGCUCAUUAUCACCAUGAUGUCAUUGCAAACAAUUGGCUAAGAAAACUCGAGGAUGACAUCUCAGAGAACGCUGAAUCUCCUUGGAAGAAGAGGAUAAUCUAACUCAUAAUCCCUCUGAAGCAAAGGCACAAACAGGGGUUCAAGACCCACUCUUUUACUUGUCCUUCUAACCCCCUGUUUCUUACCUAAUUUAUUAAUUUC